UUGCUAUUCUCGUUGGCAUCAGCCUUUCAUUCCGACUCUUGACUGUUUUGAGCUCUUGGGAUCCUUAUCAAGCCUUUGAAAAUGUCUUCUGUGCCAUUGCCUUUGGUAGACCCAUUGAGAACGCCUCACCUUCCAAAAAGAAGAAUAAGAAAGAAGACUAGAAAGAAGAGACCAGCGCUUUUGAUAUGACACUCACUGACUAAGUAUCUUUGUACUUUGACUCAGAAAUACACGAACACAAAAAGAACGCACCCUAACAUUUCAUAAGUAUGCCCCCCAAGCUCGAGCCUUACGAAUUUUUUGAAAAGGUUCUUAAAAGUCCUCGUUAUGUGGUGGCACCCAUGGUUGACGCCAGCGAAUUGGCUUGGCGCAUGCUCGGCCGAAAGUACGGGGCCAAUCUCUGCUUCACCCCGAUGUGGCAUAGCGGAGUCUUCAUCAGGGAUCCAAAGUACCGUCAAGAGGCGCUACAGACCUGCCCUCAGGAUCGCCCACUUAUUGUUCAAUUUUGCGCCAACGACCCUAACAUCUUUCGAAAAGCUGUCGAACUCACCGUGUCGGCCAUGGAGUGUGACGCCAUCGACCUGAACAUUGGUUGCCCGCAAGUUAUUGCCCGCAGAGGGCAUUUCGGGUCAUUCCUUCAAGAUGAGUGGGAACUACUAACAAAGUUGGUUCGCGUGAUCCAUGAUAACUUUGAUGUGCCCAUUACAUGCAAACUCCGAGUAUUCGAUGACGUAGAGAGGACCGUCAAAUAUGCCCAAAUGUUGGAGUCGGCUGGUGCCCAGAUUCUGACCGUUCAUGGACGAACCCGCGAUCAAAAGGGUGCACUAACCGGUCUGGCAGAUUGGGAGAAGAUAAAGGCGGUGAAGCAGGCCGUCAAGGUCCCGGUGAUUGCCAAUGGCAAUAUUCAAUUCAAAACUGACGCAGAUCGAUGUAUAGCAUUGACUGGUGUGGAUGGAGUCAUGUCCGCCGAAGGUCACUUAACCAACCCCGCCUUGUUUGCCGACCUGAACCCACCGGUUUGGGACAUGUGCGAGGAGUAUCUAGAUUUAGCCGAAAAGUAUCCGUGUCCAUUGUCCUAUUCCCGGGGUCACUUGUUCAAAAUGCUUCACCAUCUCCUUCAAAUCAAGGAAAACUUCGAUGUCAGACAGAUCCUGGCCAAGGGAUCCAAUCUAGGCCAAUUCAGGGAGGGAGUGGCCUUGAUCAAAGAGCGAUUUCUGCCCUACCACACGUCGGAAAAGACUUGGGUCAUGCCUGAUGAACUAAAAUCUUACAAUCUCAGACUACACCCCUGGCUAUGUCAACCUUACGAAAGACCACCACCCGAAGAACAUCUCAAAAAACUGAAGGAGAUCCAGGAACGUGAAAAAGCCGCCAAAGCCCAAGAGGAUCCCAACCAGAUCAAGCGCGUUUUACUUGACAAGGACGGUAACGAAAUCUCGAGAAAGAAGCAGAAGAAAAUGGAGCGGAAUCCAUUCAAGAAGUUCCCUAACUCUCGGGAACAAUGUGUGCUUUGCCAAUCGUGCCAAAACCCAGCCGGUACCAAAUGUGAUCACUCUAGGUGUCGGAAGUGUUGCCGCCAAAAAUGCUACGAUGACGAGCUGGAUUGCGCCGGUCACAGGUGUCAAGUGAAAACCAGAAGAGAGGCUGCUCGCCGCCACAAAGCGUUGGAACAGAAUGAGGGUGUGGCUGGAAAACAGAUUGAAUAAAGAAUUCAUUGGGUCCAAA